UGGCAUCAUGGCGACUGAGGAUCCCGGUAUCGUGGAAUAUUAUGGAUCUGGUGGUGCCCAUAGAUGUGGUUACUGCGGUAACAACGGCAACUGUUCUCAUGGAAUGUGGGCCCAUUCUUUAACUGUCCAAGAUUACCAAGACCUCAUUGACAGGGGAUGGAGAAGGAGUGGAAAGUACUGUUAUAAACCUACUAUGAACAAAACAUGCUGCCCACACUACACCAUCAAAAUGGAGGCCCCCAACUUCAAGUUGAACAAAUCCCACAAAAAGAUACUAAAACAGAUGAACAAGUACCUCAUAUAUGGUACAGUGAAGGGGGAGGUUACCAAAUCCACGGAGACUAAACCUAAACCAGAAGUGCGUGAAGCAACAAAGGCUACAGUUGACAGAACCGAUGACAACAUUACUGAUACAACACCUAGUCAAGGACCAAAGGCACCUCCUAGACCAGGUUCAGGGGCUGACCCCAACAAACCACCCAUGAGAAAGGCCAAGGAUAUUCGUCUAGAGAGGAAAAAGUCCCGAGAUUUGAUAAAACUACAAAGUAUGACAGAGGAGGAGGCUAAGGCUGCACAGGAGCUGGCCCGAGGCCUUGACCGUGAGGCUAGUACGAUGAGCUCGGUCAGCAUAUGUAGUACGAAGAAUGAAGCUAAGACACUGGCAGAUUUCCUCAGCGAACCUGACAAAGCAGAAAAGUGUGCUCACAAACUAGAGAUUAGACUUGUUAGAUCCAAUCCACGCAGUAAGGAAUUUGAAGAGUCAUUCAAAGAGUCACAUCAGGUCUACCAUAAAUACCAGAUGGGCAUCCACAACGACCCCCCUCAUAAACCUAGUGAGAGCCAGUACACACGCUUCCUGUGUGACUCUCCCCUCCAGGAGAUGACCAAGAAAGAUGGAAUACCAAUGGGGUAUGGAUCCUUCCAUCAACAUUAUAUACUAGAUGGUAAAAUCAUUGCCGUCGGUGUUGUUGACAUCCUUCCCUACUGUGUGUCCUCAGUCUAUCUCUACUACCACCCAGACUACGACUUCCUGUCUUUAGGAACAUAUACAGCACUCAGAGAAAUCGCCUUUGUUCAAGAGCUCAACAAGAAAGCCCCAGAUCUUAUAUAUUACUACAUGGGUUACUACAUACAUUCCUGCCCGAAAAUGAAAUAUAAGGGUCAGUACUUCCCAUCAUUCCUGCUGUGUCCCGAGACCUACACCUGGCUACCUAUAGCAGAGUGUACACCUAAACUAGAUGUCAACAAAUACUCAAGGUUUGCUGCAGAGGACGUGGAGGAUGAUGGUGGGAAACUGGAGAUUGACAAUGUGCUUGUACUUUUCUGUCGGCAAGUUAUGACUUAUGAAAUCUACAAAGUUUUAAAUGCAAAAGCACGGGAUGUUAAAGAAGUGAUGGAGUACGCUCUUUUUGUGGGACGGAAAUGUGCACAGAGAAUGUUGUUGUUUAGGAAAUCAUAGAAAGUGACCUACUUUUAAUACUUAGGAUAUUUAUAAUGGAUAGAUUGUUGAUUCUAUUAGACACACAAAGUCCGUCCAGCAGCAACCUAAUAUUUGACUCUUGAUCUUUAAACCUUUUAUUUUUCUUUGAUGGCGAACUGUUACCAAAGUCUGAGUUGUCAGUUGUUCUAUUAAAGUUACAGGGGUCAAAUAUGACAUCUGACUAACAUUUGAUCUGUUGAGGAUAAGGAAAGUAAAUUAGUUAAAUCAAUGGAUAAGUAAAAAGUAUCCAUAUAUAUGAUUAGUGGCUGAUAUGUAACUUAUCUAAUAUUUAUUUGAAGUCUGAUAUGUAUAUUUAGCUUAGCGAUAUCUUCUGAUAUGUAUUGUUUAAAUGCUCGUAACUGCACGGGAAGAGAUAUAGCUUCCCACAUACUAAACAGGGUGAUUCCAAGGUUGCUAGGGAUGGCAUUGAUAUAGCGAAUGCCAGCUGUCUUUACGCCCCUGUGUGAGAUCAAUUUUUCUCUUAACCUGAACAGGAAUAUCCACAGUUUUACCGGGGUGAGAUUUUCUUAUCACACCCUAGGGAAAAGACAAGCUACAAAUGCUCUUUUCACGUUCUCAACAAUUGCAUUUCGUCACGA